AUGGACAGGAUUAGGAAUUGAGAUGGUUUUGACAUGUGCAGAGGAGGGAAACUGAGACAUGGGGUAAAUCGAUAGGAGAAUGCUGAGGAUGGAGGAAAAGAGGAAGGACAAAAAAGGAGGUUCAUGGAUGUGUUGAGGAAAGAUAUGAAGAUCGUUCGAAGAAGCAGAUAUAGAGAACGUUGUAUGGAGACGGAUUAUCCAUUGUGGCGCCCCCUAAUGGGAGCAACUGAAAAAAUCAAGAAGAAGAAGAUAGAGUGUACCUAUGUAGGAAUUGUAAAGGUAUUUGAGAUUGAGCCGUAAACAGUAACUCGGGCAAUCCCUCCUAAAACCCGGUCUCCUGAGUAGGGAAGUCCCGCCCUUGGCGUUCUGUGAUUGGUUAAAGUUCAAAGAUGCUCCAUUCUUAUUGGUCGGUCUCGCUGUCUUGGAAGCGGAGCGCGAGCUGGAACUGACAGAGAGUAGGGCGAAGAGAAUAAAGGGGAGGGGAAAACAUGGCGGCGCCUAGCUUCCGGUUUCUCUCUCUCUCUCUUUCUCUUUCUCUCUCUCUCUUUUUUUUUCCGGGGGGUUGAAACUGACACACAAUGAGUCGGGAGGAACAACGGCCUGAGAAAGCACGGCUUCUGUAAAUAAACACGGCGACCAGGCGAGUCCAGGACCAUGGAGGAUCAGUGUACAGUACAGGUGAAGCUGGAACUGGGCCACCGCGCGCAGCUGCGGAAGAAGGCCACGUCCGAAGGCUUCACACACGACUGGAUGGUGUUUGUGCGAGGGCCCGAGAACAGCGACAUCCAGCACUUUGUAGAUAAAGUGAUCUUCCGCCUGCACGAGAGCUUCCCCAAACCCAAGAGAGUGUGUAAGGAGCCGCCUUAUAAAGUGGAAGAGUCGGGAUACGCCGGAUUUCUAAUGCCUAUCGAAGUCUACUUUAAAAACAAGGAGGAGCCGAAGAAGGUUCUGUUUAACUACGACCUGUUCCUAAACCUGGAGGGGAAUCCGCCUGUCAAUCAUCUGCGCUGUGAGAAACUUACCUUCAACAACCCGACCCGAGACUUCCGCAAGAAACUGGUCAGAGCUGGAGGAAUCAUUGUGCUGCCCGAGGGGACGGAGUUGGUGUCCAGGCCGAGUCCAGACUAUCCCAUGCUUCCCACAAUCCCUCUGUCUGCUUUCUCUGACCCUAAGAAAAGCAAAAGCUCUCAGGGGCCCAAGGAGCUCACUAAAGAAAACAGUGGCAUUUCUAAAGUCCUUAAACCUCACAAAGUGGGCAAGGAGCACCGCGAGCGUCCCCGCAAAGACUCUGAGAGCAAGAGCUCGUCGAAGGGCGACGCCGAGCGAGACGGUGGCGCCAGCAAAGGCAACCGCGAGCCUUCGUCAUUCUCCUCGACGUCGUCCUCGUCGAAGAAGCCUGAGAUCAAAGUCAAAGAAGAGAGCAAAGCUCCGCCCAAAGCUGCUUUCAAAGAGCCCAAGCUGACGCUCAAGGAGCCCAAGAUGGAAGGAACGAGUCCUAAAGGUGGAGGUCCAGGUGGAGGAGGAGGAGGAGGGGGUGUAACAGCAACAGCAGCAGGAGGAGGGGGAGGCAGCGUGACGGAGAUUAAGUCGGGGAGCAAACGUCCGUCCAACGCCGACUCGCCCAAGUCCAGCAUUAAGAAACCCAAAAAGGGUGGAGGAGAAAGCCAGAAAAGUUCAGGGGGCGGGGUUUUUCCAGGCACCUCCCCUCGCGUCUCGUCCUCCUCCAUUGCUCCGGCGUUGGGGUUCGGAGACAAGAAGAGCUCGAAGCAAAGAGGGUGCUGUAUCAAAGGCAAGCCCGAGACCCCGGAGGUCAAAGAGCAGAAGAAGCCACCUGAGUCAGACGAGUCGAACUCUGACGACGAGCUCUCGUCCAAGUCUGAGCCCUCAGCUCCCUCCAGUCCAACGAAUUCCAGUUCCAGCUAGUCGAGCUCUGACUCAGACUUUGAGCCGCAGCAGAAACAAGGCCAAGGGCCCCUGCGCUCCAUGGUGGAGGACAUGCAGUCCGAGGAGUCUGAUGAAGAUGACAGCAGCUCAGACGACGAGACGCCGGUGAAGAACAACCUCCCAAACCGUGACUCCAGGCUGAGUCUAGACAGCGAGAGCGACAGCAGCGACGGACCUCGCCGCCCCGGCCGUGAGCCGCCGCCCCCUGCGCCCAAACACACCUCCGCCUCCAAUAAUAAUAAUAACAAGGUGACCGGGAGGAAAAGUCCCGAGCCGUGUCUGAGGCAGGAAAAGGUUUUGAAGAAGGGCUACGACAAGGCUUAUACAGAGGAGUUGGUGGACCUUCAUCGCAGACUGAUGGCACUGAGAGAGCGAAAUGUCCUACAACAGAUCGUGAACCUGAUCGAGGAAACGGGCCACUUUAACGUCACCAACACCACGUUCGACUUCGAUUUGUUCUCGUUGGACGAGUCGACGGUGCGCAAACUGCAGAGCUACCUCGAGGCCACGGCCACGUGACAGGAAGCGGGGCGGGUCCGAGGGGGGAGGGGCAGAGCUUGCUAUCAUUCUCCACACCGGGCUUGAGGGUGGGCUCGCAUCCGGAAGAGAGAAAAUAACGGCGGCGCGAACGGAGUCCACAUCGACGUGCCGUGAAAACGACGAGGCCUCAAAAGCGAGAGGGAGGAGAGAAGGAGAGAGGGAACGACGCGAUGAACUCGCACCGCCACUUCCCGUCGAGGCGCCGACGACCCGAGAGCUGUGCGACGAACAGCGCGGCCGUCCUCUCGCUUUUCGGUUUGCUCAUGACGCAAACUACUGCCUGGUCAAGUGUGUGUGUGUGUGUGCGUGUUCUGUCCUUUUCAUGCUUCCUUUUCUUCCUCCAGCACUGGAGCGUUCGUCCUGAAAGUAGCUCUCACAUCCCGCUCUUUUUUAAUAUUUUUUUAUUUUUGUACAGAAGUAUUUUUGAUGGAGGGAGACGCGAAACGAGCUUGAGAGAUGAGCGAAUGUACGUUUUUGUUGCCUAGGGCUAGCGCUUAGUGCCUUUUACCACCAACCAGCCGACUGCCCGCCUCCAGGAGCGGUAGCUGUCGAAUGCGUUGCGUGGUCGUCGAAACGCACACACACACACGCACACACACACACAUCCUUAUUUCUCCAUGCCUGAUGCCUGCAAAACUAGUGUUUCCCUCUGACCGCGUCCUCUUCAACCCUGUGAGACGGGAGACGUCUCCCGGGGUUUCGCCAGUGAGUAUUAACGACUGUGUUUGCCAAGUAGGCCUUUUAGAGACUCCUUGGAUAUUGUACAUGGACAUGUGCAAUGUGUGGAAGUAUUCGGGGAUAUUUUUAUUUUUAUAUAUUUAAUUUUUUUUUAGUUGGGGUUUUUUUUU